CACAGCGCCGCCGCGAGAUGAGCCAACUACGUCGAGGCUCGAGUUGAGGUGAACUGCCACGGUGAGAAAUAACUGACACCGGCUGCCAAAUGACUGUCUGCAAACGGUAGACACCAUGAACUACGUGGGCCAGCUGGCAGGCCAGGUGUUGGUGACAGUGAAGGAGCUGUAUAAGGGCAUUAACCAGGCCACACUGUCAGGCUGCAUCGACGUGGUGGUGGUCAGACAGCCUGACGGGACCUUCCACUGCUCCCCCUUCCAUGUACGCUUCGGGAAACUGGGAGUGCUGCGCUCCAAGGAGAAAGUGAUUGACAUUGAGAUCAAUGGAGAACCAGUGGAGUUGCACAUGAAGCUGGGGGACAACGGAGAGGCCUUCUUUGUUCAGGAAACCGAGCAGCAUAAUGAGAUAAUCCCUGCCCACCUUGUGACGUCGCCAAUCCCCACAGAGGAGGCUCUGGGGAGGGGCAGAGAGUCCAGAGCUGGGGAGUCGGGCCUGGAGGGUGGGCUGCAGCCGCCCCAGGGGGACUCACAAAACCCAGCCUCCUCCUCCACCCCCCUCCUUCCCUCCAGCACCACAGCAGGGAAGAAGAAGAAGAGACGUAGGAAGAAGCACAAAGCAGACCCCCGGAAGGAGGAGCAACAGGCCUCCACUGCUGGUGGUGAGGAGGUCUGUGAACUGAGCUCAGACGAGGAGCACGGUACACAAAACAACGGCAGGGCUCCCUUGUUCUCUACAGUGAAGGACACAGUGGAACACAGGCAGCACCCCACCCUCCACUCCUUGGACAGCUACCCCUUCUCUGAUGGAGACUGGUCCCCCAGCGACAGCCACAGAUCCCUGUCAGAGCCCAUGUCUCCAAAGAGCGACUCGGAGCUGAUGGUGAAGUUAUCAGAAAGCAUGCUCAGAGCAGAGUCACACAUGCAGUGGUCCUGGGGAGAGUUCCCAGAAUCCACCAGGGUCAGUAAGAAAGAGCCCUUGGAGCUGCCUAAGACGAUGACUAUCACCCCGUCAGAGAGCACACACUUCAGGGUCAUUCUCAGCUCUGAGGCCAUGGAGGUGGAGGCUGGGGGCCUGCACACCUCUCUGGACCUGGUGUGUGGACCUGCCAUCGUCAAACCAGAGCCCCGGACCCCCAAACAAAAUACCCUCAGCUCAAAACACCACUCACCCGACUCUCUAUCGGAACCCCAUCAUCCCCCCAAACCUAUUCAUGACCAUUGCCCACCCCAACCUGAACCGUGUCCUCUCAAACCAGAACCAGGUGCUCUAACGUCGGAGCCCAGUCCAGACCUCUGUAUCCCGUCCAAGCCUGAACGGAGGGGCCCUUGGACUUCCACUCCUCCCAGUGUGCUUGAUUCCAGCCAGAGGGACAGUGGCUCUACUGCCGGUGGGGCCAGUUGCAUGGCCGGGGACCUGGGGUCCAUCGGCUCCAAGACUGACUCCCCCUCCAAGAGGAGAGGUGUGAGGAAGAGGAGUCAGCACCAGGGGCCUGAGGAUAUCUACCUGGACGACCUGAAUGCUAUGGAGCCUGACGUCGUUGCGCGCUACUUAGCUCCCAAGAGUGAGUCCGAGACCAUCCCUAAGCACUGGGUGGAGGUUGGCCGGUGCGAUGGGUCCCAGUCUCCCCAGUCUGUGGGCAGUGCAGCGGCCGACAGCGGGACAGAGUGUCUGUCUGACUCGGCUGGGGAUCUACCAGACAUCACCCUGUCUCUCUGUGGAGGGGUCGGAGAGAACUCUGAAAUAUCCAAAGAGAAAUUCAUGGAGCACAUCAUCACAUAUCAUGAAUUUGCUGAAAAUCCAGCAAUCAUCGACAAUCCCAAUUUGGUUGUUAGAAUUUCAAACCGAUAUUACAACUGGACAUUGGCAGCUCCAUUGAUACUAAGUAUGCAAGCUUUCCAGAAGAACCUGCCCAAGGCCACAGAGGAGGCGUGGGUGAAAGAGAAGAUGCCUAAGAAGUCCGGCCGCUGGUGGUUCUGGAGGAAGAGCAGCGUCAAACAGUCUUCAGAGGCCAAGAUGGACAGACACGAGUCCCAACACAGAGACACAGAGAGCCAUGUCCUCGAUCAACAGAUUUCAGCAGUGCCACAGCAGAAAGCAGCAGAAGACUCCUCCAGCGAUGAAGAAUCGAAAGAGCUCAACACAGUGGCACCUACUGAGCACAUGCACACAGAGCUAUCUGCACCAACUGGCUCGCACUCCUACAUGAAGUCUCUCCGCCUCUCGUCUGACCAGAUAGUCAGUCUGAAGCUGAGGGAGGGGCCUAAUGACGUCACUUUUAGCAUCACCACCCAGUACCAGGGGACGUGUCGCUGCGAGGGCACCAUCUACCUGUGGAACUGGGAUGACAAAGUCAUCAUCUCUGACAUCGACGGCACCAUCACCAAGUCUGACGUGUUUGGCCAAAUUCUCCCUCAGCUCGGGAAAGACUGGACUCAUCAAGGCAUCGCUAAGCUCUACCACUCAGUGCAUGAGAAUGGCUACAAAUUCCUGUACUGUUCGGCGCGGGCAAUCGGCAUGGCGGACAUGACCAGAGGGUACCUGUACUGGGUGAACGACCGGGGAACCAUCCUGCCUCGAGGACCCCUCAUGCUGUCCCCUAGCAGCCUCUUUUCUGCUUUUCACAGGGAGGUGAUUGAAAAGAAGCCAGAGAAGUUCAAGAUUGAAUGCCUAACAGACAUCAAGAACCUCUUCUACCCAAACACAUAUCCCUUCUACGCAGCCUUUGGAAACAGAGCAAAUGAUGUGUUUGCCUACAAGCAAGUGGGUGUCCCAGUGUGUCGGAUAUUCACAGUCAACCCCAAAGGAGAGCUCAUCCUAGAGCAAACGAAAGGCAAUAAGACUUCCUACGGCCGACUGAGUGAACUGGUGGAGCACGUGUUCCCUUUACGCAGUAAGGAGCAGAGCGCCACCUUCAGUUUCCCAGAAUUCAGUUCUUUCUGCUUCUGGAGACAGCCAAUCGCUGAGGUCUGCCUUGAGGAGCUGCUCUGAAACAACCAAUCACUGAAGUGCGUCUUGAGGAGCUGCUCUGAUUCUGAUUGGACAGUUCCCACAGCUGUGGUAUUAUCAGGUAUUAAGGCGAUAACCAACAGACACUUCGGGUACGGUCGAUGCACUUUGUGUCUUUUGGACGGGAAAGAAAUCACUUGAAAUCAACUGUAUUCGUUGGAAUCGAUGUAAGCAAUAUUUUGUAUUGCUUAAUAAUUGUAUGGGUCUUCCAAUGAUGAUUGCUUGUACUGCCUUAACUCAUGACUAUACUAUGUGUCUACUGAUGCUGAAUUAUAUUCCAUUGUUUAGUGCUCCACAGGUUUAAUAGAAUUUCGUCGAUAUAUCAGUAAGAACUGCGUCACAUGAUCGAUUUAGGCAUACUUUCCAAUACAGGCUGUACAGCCUUUUUACAGUACAAUGUGAAGAGAAAGAAGACGGGCGUAGUCGUAAGGUUAGUUAGUUAUUUGGCUUGAGUGAUAAUGCUAUGUUGGAGUGUCCUGCUGUUUGGGAAGGCCUUACGUUAUAGUGUAUGCAUGCUAUGCUAAGUUUGAACUAAGGGCUCUCUUCAAGCCGUGUCACGAAGGUUCAGCGUUACGGCGUGAUUUGAAAUUGAAAGGCAACCUUCCCGCGUUAGCGGAGACGACUGCAUUCACGUUAAACGCCGCAAAUGUCGGCCCAAUCGGAAGUUACCUUUACAUUUAUUUCGCGGAAUCUGUAACGCUUCAGCGAUACAGAUUGAGUCGAUCGCUAAUAUGUUGCACAGAGCUGCCAGUGGAACUGGCACUAGUCUUAGAUACAUGCAUACUGUAUGAUAAUAGAUUGAUUUAAGUGAUCUGAGCAGGCGAUGUUUUAGACAUACAUACAGAUGGCUGCAGUGAGGUUUAAGGCGAUGGAAGGCCUUUUUAAAGUGUUGAUGCUGCUGACACACAGGGCACACAGCACUGGAGCCUUUGGAUGGAGACAGACUAAUAUGCACUGAAAGCACAAUUCUAUGUUUUAGCAGACGUUUUAUGGGUUACCUUUGACAAUGUUUGUGUUAUGAAAUGAAUGCUUCUUUAUGGGAUAUAUUUCUAUUGUUAUAGCUUGGGUUUGUCUAGUAUAUUUUGAAGUAUUACACCGUUGUAUUUGAUGACGUUCGGAGGUGUUGCAGAGUUCCUCAGUAACAAAGGCAUUCUUUCUAUGAAAGUGAUAUUUUGUGUGGAGAGUACACACGUCUCAACGCGCUGGUAUUUGUUGUGUUUUUCAGUAACUGCUUUGAUAGUUUUCAGUGUAUCAAGAGAUUAAUUUGACCGUUCACACACUCUCCAAUCUUAAAUGCCUUCACUGUUACUUGAUUAAGUGUUUUUUUUAGUGUCACUAUAUACAUUGAAGUGUAUGUUUGGGAUAUGAAUGUUUAGCAACAAAAAAGAGAAAAUCUAUGAUUCCAUGCAGAUGUUUUCUAUGCUUAUUUCAGAAACUUGUUUUGGGAAAGGAGGGUGUAACUUUUGGAACAUCAUAAACAUCUUUUCACAUACCAACAAUCUGUCUAAACGGCA